AUGGCCGGCCGCGCUGAACGCUGGGACCGCGACCGCUUCGCCUACGAGCGAGACCGCAACCACGGCUACGGAGACGACCGCCGCUUCUUUGAUGAGCGAAGCCGUUAUGAGGAGCGAGAUGAUUACUACCCACCACCACCAUCACAACACCGCCGUGGCAGAGACCACUCGGAUGAGCGUUAUGACCGCGGCGACCGUGGAUACCGUGGUCCCCCCGAUGAGGGCUUUGUGCGGGACCGCCGCCAUUAUGAGGACGAUCGUUAUGGUCCUCGUCGUGGUGAACCUUUUGAUCGAGAGUUUGACCGCCGCCUGAACUUGGAAAGGGAGCGCCGCAGCCCUUCGCCCGUCCGUCGCCCGACUAUGGUUCGUCGUCAAUCAUCUCUCGACACCUUUGACCGCCGACCUCUGCGCUUCUACGAGCGUGAGGAGUAUCCCCCGCCAGCCCGCAGAGAAGACGUCCGCCGAGAAGACUUCCGUGCACCACCCUAUGUUCCUAUCCCCCUACCCCGCACUCGCCAGCUCGGCCCUGCCCCGUCUCAGCGUUACGAUGAGAUUCAGAUUGCGGAGCCGGGCUACUAUGGUGACGAGGAAUACCGCGCCAUGCCCGAGAGAGUUAAGGAGCGCGAGUUUGUGCGGUCACGUAGACGCAGGGACCGUAGCAGGGAAUCCAGAGUCUCGAGAUCCACCAGAACCCGAUCGCACAGAAGCAGCUCAAGGUCUAGCAGCACUUCUAGCAGGUCAACUAGCACCAGCGGUGCCACAACUAUUCGCAGCGAGUAUCCCAAGAAGGGCAAGACUCGCAUUCCUGGGCGCCUAGUUUCUAAGAGGGCUCUUAUUGAUUUGGGAUACCCUUACAUCGAGGAGGGUAACACUGUCAUUGUUCUGAAGGCUCUUGGCCAGGACAACAUUGACGAAUUGCUCAAGCUCAGCGAUGAGUACAAGCAAAGUGAACUGGAAAUUGCUGCUGCUCGCUCUUCUGCUGGUAGAAUUGAGGAACGCCAUGAGGAGAUCUACACUAUUCCUCCGCCUGUCGCUGUCCUCCCCCCACCACCAGCGCCCGUCGUCGCUGCGCCUCCCGCGCCGCCCACGGUAGUGGCUGCACCCCCGCCAGCACCGGCACCAGCACCAGCACCAGCACCUAUUAUUGUUGAUGCACCCGCUCCACCACCCCCUGCCCCCGUUGAAGAAAUUGUGGAGAAGAAGACCGUCAUUCGCGAAGUUUCCCCUGCCCGCUCAUACACGACCACGACAACGUCCACGUCCGCAACGCCUGUCUUGUACGAGCGCCGUGAGAUCAGCGACGAGGUACCUAUCGGGCCUCUCGCUGUUGCCGAUCGUCGUCGCAGCCGAUCCCGCUCUCGCAAGGACAUCAGAUCCGAGAUUCGUGCGCUUGAGGCCGAGCUUCACGGACGCCGCCGCGGCCAAAGCCGUGAUGUUGUGCGUGCGGAGCAACUGCCCGACGGGGCGAUGGUCCUAUUCGAGGAGAAGGUUGAGAGGGUUGAGGAGCCGCGCCGGGGAGUGCGGAUUGAGAAGGACAAGAAAGGUCCUCCCCCAAAACUCAUGCGGGCUAUGUUGGCAACCCUCACCUAA